AUGGAGCAAGAGCGUGCAGCUUUCUUGCAAGGCGUGGAGAUGAAGACGAGGAUCAUGAAUAUCCUUAUUGAGAAGAGGCGUGAAGAAACAGAAAGUUGUUUAAAGCAAAGGGAAAAGUCUUUUGAGGAAGAAAAGAACAAUGAACUCGAAUACAUGAAUGCUCUUGAAGGAAAAGCAGCUAAAGAGUCCGAACAGGUUUGGUUUGAGACGAGAAGACUUGAAGCUGAGCGAGCAGAGAUAAGUUGGGAGUAUCUAUAA